CUUUUUAUAUUGUUAACUGCUCAAAUAGCAUUUAAUUAAAAUCUAACUGUGAGUAUUUUGAGUUGUGUGAAAUUAAUAUUUCACUUGCUUUAACUAUUUACUUUACCAACGAAUCAAUUUGCUUCUUUUGUUUGUUCUAUCCGACGGAGUAUAUUAUGAAGUUUACGAUAAACCUAACAGUGCUGACUUAUUUAUAGAACACAUUCAAUCAUUGACCAGCAAGACAUGAUUACCGAUGUCGAGUCUUUCCUGCAUUGAAAUGAUAAAGCGUGGCUACAAAUUUAUAUUCAUAGGACUAGCAGUGGUAUGCAUUUUUGUGUUUGUUCCUCGUUACAUGAGGGGAGAGGCUGUUCCCCGUAGGCUGGACAUGUUGCCGCGGAUGGACGUGCGGGCGGUUUUAAGUGAUUCAGCGGAAAAGCUGCUACUUUAUUGGAAGCCAUUUAAUGGAAAUGGGUUUUUAAUCCCAGAACAGAACUGUUUGAAAAGAUGUCCAGUGAAAUGUAACAUAACAGAUGACAAAAGCAUGUUCUAUGACGCUGAUUUAAUCAAUUACCACUUGACGGAUUUAUGGCCGGACAACUGGCACAUCGAUACAACAAAGACGAUUGAAUUUCCGGCAUAUCGCCGAAAGGAACAGAUAUGGGUGCUAACUAACCAAGAGCCUCCUUCAAACUUGUUUGGAAAUCUCCGGGUUUUUAAUAAACUGUUUAACUGGACUAUGUGGUACCGAACUGAUUCAGUGGUUCCUUUCCAGUAUGGUUGGUCGGUUGCUUUGACUGAAGAUGAGUCGUCAAGUUCAACAAAAGAUUUGGAACAACGUAACUUCUACCGAGAGAAAAGUAGAAACAUUACUGGUAGGAUUAGUAACUGUGGGGACGCCUCGAGGAGAUACAGACUGGUUCACAAAAUGCAACAACAUCUAGAUAUCGAUAUGUAUGGCGGAUGUUACUCCAAAAAAUGCUAUCAUGAAAACUGCAACCAACCUUUAGAAGAAUACCGAUUCUACCUAGCCUUUGAGAACUCACUUUGCACUGAUUAUGUCACUGAAAAAUACUGGGAUGCUAUAAGUAGGGAUCAAAUUCCAAUUGUUAACUGGGAUUAUCAGCACGUGAAAAAUGUAGUUAUUCCUAAUUCUUUUAUCAGCGUCCAUGACUUUGGAGACAUCAAGUCUUUCGUUGACUACUUAGAACAGGUGAUGACAAAUGAAACUCUUUACAAUAGUUAUUUCGACUGGCGACGCCACUUCCGGGUUGAGCGGCGCUGCUCUAGUUGCCUGCUGUGCCAGCACCUGUACGCAGAUACCUCGAGACGGGUUGUGGCCGACCUUGAAGGCUGGGUACGCGCGGACAUAUGUCCCAAAGUACAGGAGUUGAAUAAGCUGGUGUUGGAUAUCGAUCGACGACUCUUCGAGUGGGGAAUAUGAUCCACUAAUGUCAAAAGUCUCUGGACUUGGCUUUCUGCUGAAAUAUCGACCAAUGUAGACGUUAACCAACUAUGAACGGGUGGAUGCUCCAAAUGAUCCCACCAUUUGCGACUGUUCUGUGAUUUCCGUAUUGGUUCGUGAAAGGACAUUCGAAGUAAUGCACUAGUAAUACCCCGGAUUUUGGGAUGUGUUGAUUUAUAACAUCUAUAUACUGUUUUCUAACUUAAGAUAUUCUUUCUGGAAAGCUAAAUUUCCACAGUAAACAAUUCAUUUUAGAAGCCAAAAUAGUUUAUGAUAACAAUAAUAAAUCUUUGAAUGGAAUACUGUUUACAAUACCUGGUUGUCUAUUUGCAAUAUGGUGCAGAUGUACUUAUUACACCCGAGGUACAUUAGUAUAAAGGGAUGGUGGCAUAAAACAUUUAUGACUUGGUGCAUGUGUUUAACAUGCACAUCAAAUUCAGAGAAGAUCAAAGAGAUAUGACGAUCUUGGAAUUAUGUCGAAAAUCGAUCGUUUACGAUUGAGUUAGUCAAUAAUUAAUCGCAUAAUCACUGGAUCGAUGUUUUUCUACCAGGUUAUUAAUCUUAAAAAAAGGAAAAAUAUAUUGGAACAGCAAUAUACGUUAUUUAGUAUUCAGCUUAUAACCUCAAGCUGACAUACAAUUGAAUUAAAACACGUUUCCGAACCGUUCAUUUCGAUUACAUCAUUAAUUAUUAAUGGAAAUGGUCUAACAGUAAUUUUCGAUGAUCGAUUAUAUCCUUUGAUAGAUUUUCAAAACAUGGAAGAUCAUCAGAUUUCGAAGAACUUAAUUCCGUGAUUAAGUGUGAUUUAUAGUUAUUGUCGAAAUGGUGAAAAGGCAAUGAGUUAUUAGCUGUAAAUACGCGUAUUGUGGAAUUGUGUUUAAAUGGCUUUGUUUAUUAACAAUGUAAAUAUUGAAGAAACAUUAGCCCUUACUUCAAGUAUCUGAUCAAACAGAAUACUUCAUGUAUAUGAGCUCAUCGAAUUCAAACAGGAUAGUACGAAUAUCAAUCUGACGUGGGAAAACCUCUCGGUUUAUUUGUUAUUAUAUAUUCAUCGCUCAACCGCAAACAAGUUAUGUACACUCGCAUGUUUGAUCUUGUUUUAUAUGAAUGCCAUCGAAAAUGAAUAUCAUUUCCUUUAAGACUGUCCAAGAUAUCAUAAUCUACGAAAGUAAUUCUUUAAAACCAUACUUUUGCCACUGGCCAAUAAAACUUAAGUGUAUUGCCCCUUUGUCCUCAGACAGUGAAAAAACCUAUGCACAAUGUUCGUAAAUAUUUAUAUCAUGCAUCUUUGAAACUAUCAAGAACUUAAUUAAGAAUUUGAUACUAUGAUUUAUAGUAUACUUCUCUAUUGGCUAUGUCUUUGCUCUCCACGAUGAUUUGUUUCAUAAAAUAAUUGAUUUAUUUGAGAUGUUUUGCAUUUUGGGUAUGAAUGUUAUAUAAUUUAAUGCUGAAUAAAUGUUAUGAUAAGAUAAUUGAUAUACAUGUCCAUGAGGCAUAGGCAAUAGGUUAUACACAUUGUAUACCUGAUCCCUGAGGUCAGGUUUGGCGCCUUUUAGGACUGAUUUUAUUUGCACAUGCGUUUGUAACUGUUAUAGUCUAAGAGUAAGCACCCUGGCCCCAAUAUCAUGAAACUACUUAAGUAAAAUCUCAAUCUCAAUCUGAACUGCUUCUCCCCCAUUACAGUAUGACAUUAUCCCCCAUUACAGUAUGACAUUAUUCCCCAUUACAGUAUGACAUUAUUCCCCAUUACAGUAUGACAUUAUCCCCCAUUACAGUAUGACAUUAUUCCCCAUUACAGUAUGACAUUAUUAAAAAGUACUCAAAACUUCUUCAUUCUCACAUGCAUUAUGUUGAUUAACAUGAUUCCUUAAUAUUUCAAAAAGAAUAUUUCUACAGCACGAAAUGUACUUGAGUAAAACUUAAAAAUAAUAAAUUGGACUCAAGUACAAUUUUUGCUCUCAAUUUUUUUCCUAUCUAAUAUUGACCUUUUUUUCAACAUAAUGAAUAAGAGAAUGCGAUUUUAUAAAGGGUAAUACAUUUACAAUUGUGAAUCAUAUGAUGCUGUAAAUUGAUAAAAGAGUUGAGACUGAGAUUGAGAUUUGACUUGAGUAUUUUCGUGAUAUUGGGCCCUGGUCUAAAACUGUGGCUAUUACCUUUAAGCGAUGCAUGCACAGAUUUUAUGUUGGUAAAAUAUGUUUUUACUUGAAAUUGAGUUAUUUUAAAAUCGUUUAAAUAAUCGUCAACACCAAAUUGUAGCUGACAAAUACUCGUUUGACAGAAAAUGUUGUAAAUCCAAGCUUUUUAUGAAUGUAAUAUAUCGAAUGUAAUAUUUUAGAAGAUGAAUACCAUUUUGUUAUUGAAUAUCCAUUGUAAAAUGAUAUUCGAAACUCUUUAUUGCCAUCCUUCUAUUUACGACAUCCUAGAAUGCACAAAUUUAUAGAGUUAAUUGACACUAAAAAUGAAGGAACAUUGAAGAAUUUGAGUGUAUUUGUUUACAAAGCUUUUCACAUUAUGUCAAAUAGACAUUUUGUAACAGUCUAGUGUUAUAGCCAUUGUCAUAAAAUUUAUUAGUUAAUAUGUUACCGCACAAGUACAUAUUAUUUGUAUUUGUCACCAUUGUGCACUUUAUGUCUCAUGGGUCUACGACCUCCUGGUUUAUUAUAAAUAAAACUUGAAACUUGAAACUUAUGACUCAAUUUUCACUGGCGUUAAUAACACGUUUCAGCAUAGUAGAACUGUUUCCGUCACAGUGUUAAUAUUCUAAACACAGUUUUAUUUUGAACUUUUCAGGUAGUUCAUUAUUGAAUGAAGCUUCCAAAUUAAUAUGUUAUACUUCCUGAAUUGUUUGCACUGAGAUACACAGAAAAUGGGGUUUUGUAAGGGGUGAAAUCCUGACAACAAUAAACAAUUGUAUGCCUGAUUUUUCUUGAAAUGUUAUGAUAACCUACUUAAAAGAUUGU